GGUGAGUCUGGUGCCGGUAAAACUGAGAACACGAAGAAAGUAAUUGCUUACUUCGCUAAUGUCGGUGCUGUCACUAAGAAGGAGGCUGUUAAGGAAGGGGCUCCUAAGAAGGGUAAUUUGGAGGAUCAGGUCGUGCAGACCAAUCCCGUAUUGGAGGCCUUCGGUAACGCCAAGACUGUGCGUAAUGACAACUCUUCCCGUUUCGGUAAAUUCAUCAGGAUCCAUUUCGGCCCAAUGGGCAAACUGGCCGGUGCUGACAUUGAGACCUAUCUUCUGGAGAAGGCUCGUGUCAUUUCACAACAAACUCUUGAGAGGUCGUACCACAUCUUCUACCAAAUCAUGUCCGGCGCUGUCCCCGGAGUGAAGGGUAUGGUAAGACUGAGAUCCCUGGAGUCGAUGACGCCCAAUAUUGGAGGCCUUCGGAUCCAUUUCGGCCCAAUGGGCAAACUGGCCGGUGCUGACAUUGAGACCUAUCUUCUGGAGAAGGCUCGUGUCAUUUCACAACAAACUCUUGAGAGGUCGUACCACAUCUUCUACCAACUCAUGUCCGGCGCUGUCCCCGGAGUGAAGGAGGAAUGUGUUCUCUCUAAUGAGAUAUUAGACUACAAUUUCGUAUCUCAGGGUAAGACUGAGAUCCCUGGAGUCGAUGACGCCCAGGAGUUUAGAGAUACAGACGGUAAAACUGAGAUACCGUCUGUUGAUGACAGCGCCGAGUUUAAAGACACGGAUGAUGUCUCAGAAAUACAUUUCUUCGACGGAAUCGCAAAAUUCCUUUCCAUUAUUCCAUUGAAACCCAGACCUCCAGACCUCCAGACCUCCACCACAAUAUGGCUUUUAGAGUCCUUCCAAUGCCCUCAAAACCUUAUGACCCUAUGGUAUGAGCUAUUGCUCACAAAAGACAUCAAAUACUACCACUUUAUAUCUCAGGGUAGAACUGAGAUAGAAGGUGUCGAUGAUGGCGAUGAGUUUAGAGUAACCAACAAUGCUUUCGAUGUGUUGGGUUUCAACGAAGAGGAGAAACACAACGUUUACAAAAUAACAGCCGCUGUUAUGCACAUCGGGACCAUGAAAUUCAAGCAAAGACCCCGAGAGGAACAGUGCGAACCCGAUGGCACCGAAGAUGGCGAACGUGUGGCCCAUUUGCUCGGCGUUAACGCCGCCGACCUCUACAAGAAUUUCUGUAAACCCAGGAUAAAGGUCGGCACAGAGAUGGUCACUCAGGGCAGGAACAAGGAUCAGGUGUCCUAUUCUAUCGGCGCUAUGGCUAAGGCUAUGUUCGAUCGUAUGUUCAAAUGGAUUGUCAAGAAGUUGAACGAAACCCUCGACACCAAACAGAAGAGACAGCACUUCAUCGGUGUACUCGAUAUCGCAGGCUUUGAGAUCUUUGACUUGAAUAGUUUUGAACAACUUUGCAUCAACUUUACUAACGAAAAGUUGCAACAAUUUUUUAAUCACCACAUGUUUGUACUCGAACAAGAAGAGUACAAACGGGAGGGCAUUGAUUGGGAUUUUAUUGAUUUCGGGAUGGAUUUGGCCGCUUGUAUUGAACUAAUCGAAAAAUACAAUAGCUUCGAGCAACUGUGUAUUAAUUUCACAAACGAAAAGUUGCAGCAAUUUUUCAAUCAUCACAUGUUUGUGUUGGAGCAGGAAGAGUAUAAGAGAGAGGGUAUUGAUUGGGAUUUCAUUGAUUUCGGAAUGGAUUUGGCCGCUUGUAUUGAGCUCAUUGAAAAGCCGAUGGGUAUUCUGUCGAUCUUAGAGGAGGAGAGUAUGUUCCCGAAGGCCAGCGACAAGACCUUCGAGGAGAAAUUCAAUCAUCACAUGUUUGUGUUGGAGCAGGAAGAGUAUAAGAGAGAGGGUAUUGAUUGGGAUUUCAUUGAUUUCGGAAUGGAUUUGGCCGCUUGUAUUGAGCUCAUUGAAAAGCCGAUGGGUAUUCUGUCGAUCUUAGAGGAGGAGAGUAUGUUCCCGAAGGCCAGCGACAAGACCUUCGAGGAGAAGCUGAAGACCAACCAUUUGGGCAAAUCACCCAACUUUGUGAAGCCUAAGCCGGCUAAGCCUGGCUGCCAAGAGGCCCACUUCGCUAUUGUGCACUACGCGGGAACUGUACCCUACAAUGUGACGGGUUGGCUCGAGAAGAAUAAGGAUCCGCUCAACGAUUGUGUUGUCGAUCAAUUCAAACACGGCUCUAACAAACUGAUCCAGGCCAUCUUCGAGGACCAUCCGGGUCUCGGAGGCGGUGAUGACGGCGGCGGAAAAGGCGGCAAAGGAGGCGGCCGUAAGAAGGGUUCCGGUUUCCAGACUGUCUCUGGAUUGUAUAGGGAACAAUUGAAUAAACUGAUGACAACUCUGCGCCAAACCCAACCUCACUUUGUUCGCUGUAUUAUCCCCAAUGAAACCAAAUACACAAUCCUAGCGGCAGCGGCCGUCCCUAAAGGGUUUGUCGACGCGAAAGCGGUCGCCGAAAAGGUUAUCGAAGCGAUUCAAUUAGAUUCCAAUGAUUUUCGAUUCGGGAGUACAAAGGCUAAUGGUUUUGAUUUGAAGUUAGUUCACAUAACAUACACAAUCCUGGCGCCUACCAUCCUUCCCAAAGGAUUUGUUGACGCAAAGUUAGCCACAGAAAAGUUAGUCAAAGCCACUAAUAUUGACGAGGGGGAGUACCGACUUGGAAAUACCAAGAUCUUCUUCCGCGCCGGAGUGUUGGGACGUCUGGAGGAGAUGAGAGACGAGCGGUUGGGCAAAAUCCUUACAUGGCUUCAGGGAUGGAUCCGUUGGUAUCAGUGCAAGAAGAACUUCAAGAAGUUGCAGGAACAGAGAAUCGCUCUUCUCGUCAUUCAGAGAAAUUUGCGUAAAUUCCUCACUCUUCGCAACUGGUUGUGGUGGAAGCUCUACUCUAAGGUGAAGCCUCUGUUGAAUGUGGCCCGAGUUGAGGACGAACUCAAAGCCCUGGAGGAGAAGCUCAAGAAAGAACACGAGGCCUUCGAAAAGGAGGAGAAACUCCGUAAAGAACUCGAGACGAAGAACGUUCAGCUCUUGCAGGAGAAAAACGAUCUCUUCCUUCAGUUGGAGUCCGAGAGGUCGUCGUCGGGAGACGUUGAGGAACGGCUCCUCAAAAAUAUCGCUCAAAAGGCAGACCUCGAGAGUCAGCUCUCUUUUCACAUGAAAUGCAGUUCUGUACUCUAG